CCGAAACGGUAUCCUAGUAGAUAGGUUAGUAAUAAAUUAGACGAUCGUCAAAGUUUUUGUAUAAAUAAAUGGUAGCAAACUAGUUUUUGAAAAAAAUGGCUCAGAGAAGAAGCAGAAAUCGACGGCUGUCUGCUAGGAAAAGCAAUGUCUCGGGUUUUCUCAACGAGGACACAAAUAUUUACGAUAACGAUGAUCCUCUAUGGUAUGAUAGAACAGCUGUUCGACCUUCAACAUCUCUAUAUAUGUCAAAAAAUACAAAAGCUGUAUUAGAUCCAGAUUCAACUAUCCAUACAUCCCAACUGCCUGAGAACUGGUUUGAAAAUUUGACACAGUCAGAGAGUUCUAAACUGCUGGAGGAAGCUGUCAAAAAGAAAAAGAGUCAGCAAUAUGAAGAUAGUAAUCACAGAUCAUCAGUAACAGAAUCAGAGAGCGAACAUGAAUUCCAAAAGAAAAGAGCAAAUCUCAGAUAUAUUAGGAAACAAAGCAACAAAAGUAACAAAAGUAAUGCUUUUAUGAAAGCUCUGGAAAAAACAACAGACUCUCAUACAAAAAAUUUGACAUAUAAUCAAAUAAUGGAAGGAAACGAGAGUGAGUUAACCCGUGAUGACUCAAGGACCAUCAGAAAGUUAAGACCAAAAUUUACUAGACAUAUAAAAAAUAACACUAACAAUUUUGAUAAAGCUUUGGAAAGUGACAGUGCUUCAGAAAGAAUCGAAACAAACAUGGAAAGUUUCAGAUCUAUUCCUAUGUCUGAAAUCAAUGAAGAAUUUGCUUCACCUGAAAAGCAAAAGAGAAUAACAAGAAGUAUGAUGGAAAAAACUGUUAAUGUAUCUCAUGAAAAAAAAUCAGUUGAAAAACUCCAAGAUCAAUCUGUUAAUAAAAGUAAAGAUAAAACAAAUUCUCAGUUAUCUUUAAGAGGAUUGAAAAACAAAAAUUUUGUGACACCUCCAAUCAAUUCUGCAACACCUGUUAAAUCAACUAAGAAAUCCAGUGCCAAGAAGAAAAAGCAUAGUGAAGAUCAAUUAACAGAUUCUAGUUCUAGCAGUCCUGAAGUUAAAAAAUAUAAACGUCAUUUGUUUUCUCAAGAAAACAAAAGUGCCAUAGAUAAAAGUAAAGAAAAUAAGAGUGCCUUUGAUGCUGCGUUGGAUUCUAUGAAUGAUAGUCACAAAAGUAAAACUGUAAUGACAGAAGCAGUUAAUACUUCCAAAGCAAAUGGACAAAGUAAGAUGAGGGACAAUGAUGAUGACAGCGACAGCUCAUCAAUACCGCAAAACAUCAGGAGGACAACAUCACGAUUUUUAUUUGACGAGAUAAAUUCCAAUCAGACUGAAGGUGUAAAUUCCAGUAAAAAUAAAUCAAGAACACUAGGAAGAAAUUUAUCCAAAAAUGCAUCACAGUCUUUAAAGAACAGAUCGUUGGCUAAUGAGAGUACCAAUUCGAAUAAACAAAAUAGUACCAACAAAAAAAAAUCAAAAAUACAUGAAAAUGACUCGGUUAAAAAUUUAUCACAGUUUUCAAAAGACAAAUUGAUGGCUAAUGAGAUACAUGAGUCGGAUAAACAAAAGGAUGCUUUUAAAAAUCAAACAUUAUCGGAAUCGUCAAAUAUUGAUGAAGAUAUGUACAAAGUUUCGUUAACUAGAAGCAAAACAGUAGAGGCCAAAAGCAACAAGAGCAAGAGUGCUGAAAUACAGGUUUCAAACAUUGAGACUGAUAGUGAGGAUAUGGUCAAUGAAACGCUUUCCAAAAAUAAACAAUCUGAGGUAUCCAGUGUUGAAACUUCGGAAGAUGGAGACAUGAUUAACAUGUCAUAUGGCCAAACUAAGGAAAAAAAUGUUGAUACAAGUAAAAAAUUCAACGAAUCAAGUGUAAAAGUUAAUAAAUCAAGAGUAUCCAAAUCUAUUUCGACUGGCGACAAAUACGAGGAAGAUCUGUCCAAUGCAGAAUUAUCCAAACGUAAAUCGAGAUCGCGUUUGUUUCCAAAGAAAAAUAUAUCCAAAGAUGAAAAUGCUUUCGAUCAAAUUUUUGUUAAUAAAAGUUUAUCAGUGAAAGAAAAAUCAAAAGAAAAAGAGAUAGAAGAAACUCCAAGAUUAUCACAACGAUCGCCAAAAAUCAUAGAUAAGUUUCAGAACGACCAAUCCGCCAAUGUCUCGAAAAAUAAAUCUUCCUCGCUAGAGAAUACUAAAAAUAACAGUAGGGCGGAUGAGAGCGAGGAUGAAACUUCAACUAUUCCUCAACACAUUAGGCGGACGAGAUCUCGACUGUUUCAAAAAUCUAAAGCUAACGACGAUGAUAAUGUAUUCGAAAAUGCCUUGGACGCUCCUGAAAAUCAAAUUGAAUUGAGUCAAACAUCAAGAACAUUAAACACAUUAAACAAGUCGAUCAUACGCGACGCUGUGGCAAAUAAAUCAGUUUCAGAAACUGUCAAGAAAAAACCCAAGAUAAUAUACGAUAAGAUUAUACAAUCUACUAAUUCUGGAUACUUUCUACCUGAUAACUCCAAGAAAAAUCAAGAAAGCAGGGGAUCGAAUUUACAUAAAUCAGAGGCAAUUACUAGUUCAAAUAAAGAAAAGUCGGUACGUAAUUCUCAAAAUAUAGCCAGUACUCAUCGAUUUGUCGAAACUUCUAGCGAUGGAACGCCAAACUCAGCGUUGCCAAAAGAAACCAGCACGCCAUUUGCUCCACCCAUAUUGUCAAAAAAAUUAACAAAACGAGUUUCGACGAUGCUGCGAUCUACAAAAUUUGCUCAAAACAGCACUUACGACGAUUUGCUCCAUACGCCCAAUCCAGCCCAGUCAACGCUCAAUCCGCAUGGUAAACCGGUGGAUCGUAUUACGCUAUUUUCGUUUAGAACAUCAGCCGACCCGGAAGUAGGUACGCCACCUGCUACAACUGUUGAAGCUACAAAGACUCAGCCUAACACAGUGACUGAAAAUGACGACGAUGUAGAUGUGGUUAAUACCGAUGAUAUAGAUGUGGUUGACGAGAACGAAGAUAUAGAUGUAGUUAACGAGAGCGAAGUUAGUGAUAGUCCAUUAAUCAAGAAUUUAACAGAUCACAUGUCUGACAAAGGGAAUUUUUCAUUACACAAGGUGGUGCCAGUUGUUAGCAAGUCUCUGAAAAAACAUGAAAGCUUUAAGAAAACUUAUAUCAACAACAAAAACAUGCUUCCUAUUGACUGGGAAAAAGCGAAACAGCACACUGACGCUAUAAAGCUGAUGGUUGAAGCUCAAAUGCGUCUUACUGAAGAAGCCCGUAAAAAACGUGAACUUGAGAAGCAACGAAUCAAUGCGAAAAUUAAGCGCUGGCAAGCUCAAAAGGAAGCCGAGCUUAAACGUAAGAACAAAAAACCCAUACAUAAAGCAUUUCUCGUCGAUGGCAAAGUAUACAAACAACCACAGUUACCGCGACCGAAACCUUGGGCCACUGAUAAACUAUACAGGUAUUUGAAGAAGAAGAUGGAGCCGAAGUUUGGCAUGCGCACGAGACUCAAAUCCGAGGAAUUUGUGUUACUGUUGUCGGAAUUUGCGACAAGAAUUGCCAAGCGUAAGAAAUUUGAGAAUUAUAGAAAAGAGCUCGAUGAAAUUAUGAUGGUUAUGGCGAAACUUGGUAUCAUCAAAACAAGGUUUGAUUUUUAUCGAUUUACUGCGGAUUUCUUGCCGCACAGCUUUAGAGAAAAGGUCAAUCCUAUGAUGAUGCCGGGUAACGAGAGGAAUAUUCCGUACGAACCAGAGUUACUUUAUAAGCCGUUAUUGAAUGAUUCGAGGAACUCACAGGAUACGUCGGAUACUGACGAGUAGUAAAUAUUUUGCUCUGCGUAAAUUAUUUUUGUUAGAUGUUUCCGCUUUAAGUACUGGAACGCACAGGAGACGUCGGAUACUGGGGACUAGUAAAUAUUUUGCUCUGCGUAAAUUAUUUUUGUUGAAUGUUUCUGUUUUGAGUGCUCAGUAAUUAAAGAAAGGAACCGUGAAUACCAAUUUAUCAGUAUCUGCCGUAUAAUUUAUGCUUAAAAAGUGUGUUUGAUUAGUUUAACUUACAAAUAAAUCUGAAUGUAAAUAUUUAUUCGAGAUAUUCAAGAGAAUAAUUUUGUAAAGAACUUUAUUUAUUCGUACAAUAAUUUCUUAAAUAGAAUUUAUAAUUAUUUGAAGAGUCAUCAACUGAAACCUUGCUCGACUGUGAUCGCAAAGUUACAUCUAAUUUUAUAUUUAUAUAAAUUUACAAUAUCAGUAUUUUCUUUUGCAUUUUUGAAAAUAUAAGAACAAUAAAUAUACAAGAAAUAUACAUGACGAACGUGUCACUACUUUUUACACUGUUUUUUGUAAU